UCUAUAACAGGCGACAGGAGCACGUCUGCUCCAUAAUCCUCCACUCAACUAAGCUUUGUCCGUGGACUCCAAACUCACCUGGAAAACAGACCCAAUAUUGAGCUGUAAAUACAGUAUAUCUUAAUUGGCUAUUUGCUUAUGUGACGUUCCACGGACUUUGAUCUGCCGUCCGUUAACAGCAAUGGAUUUCUCAUUAGAAUGACUAAUAAUGCAGAUUUGUUACUGCUCAGCUCUCUCUGAUAAGAGCUGUUUGCCUGCUGAUGUUGACUGUCUGACUAUGCAGUUGUCUAUUUCCUGGUAGCCGUAAACUUCAGAUUCUUACGGGACAAUGGAUAAUAUGUCUAAACAAUACGGAGGACACAUACAUGUCAGCAUACUUUUGUUGCUGCUGUUUCUGGCAGGCCUUCAGCCAGUACUGUCUACAGAUGGAGAGGACCCUGAACUCGAUGAUAGCGACAAUGGAGUGAAAAUCAACUGUACAAUUGUCGGUCCGGACUACGUGACUGUCGGUGUGCCGAGCAGCAUUGAGUGUGACGCCAACUGCCCUGCAUGUACCUAUUCUAUGUCUUUGGAUGGACAGAGUGCAUGGGGUCAGGGAAACGUGCUAGCCUUCACUGUGAACAGCUGGGUGGAGGCCUUAACAGUGACAUGUACAGCCACAGGUGAAAAUCCAGGACUGACUGCCACGACAACUAAGAAACUGCAAGUGUUAGCUGGACCCGCCAAUGUUUCCAUCACAGGCCCCAAUUUGAUGAAUCCAUCAGUGAGCCACACCUACAGUUGCCACGCUUACUGUCGGCCAUCUUGCAGCUAUGCCUGGAAGAUAGAUAAAGGCCCAUGGAUAAGUGGUCAAGGGAAUGUUAUUUCUAUCACUCCACAGGAGAUCGACCACUCCAAAAUUCUCAUCUGCAAAGCCACCAAUAGCGUGUCUGGGCUUUUUGUCGCUGCAACUCGAAACAUAGCGGUGACAUAUGGUCCAUCAGAGGUUCACAUCAAAGGCCCCGACGUCAUAGCAAUUUCAGAAAAACACAAAUUCGUAUGCACUGCUAAAUGUCUGCCUUCUUGUCGCUACGUGUCGUCCGUAAACAGUCAGACUGUGAGGGGCAACGUGAUCGAGAUGACGGUGGAUCAUCCGCUUAAAUCCGUCACUCUCAAGUGUGAGGCGCAAAACACCGCUUCGAGGAGGACAGCUACAGCCUUAAAAACUGUACAAAUAUCAGGGUCCUUUCACAACCUGUCCACUCGUCCUGAGGAGACCUCAGCUGUGCUGCUGCUGGCCUUCAUCAUUUCAGCUGCCUUCCCACUGUGAUCUCACUGCAGACAGAUCUUUCUAUCUGUGAAUUAACUUGUGAUGAAUUGUGAGGAAUUAAUGAGUCAUGGAGCGGCAAUCUAACGCUGCAUAUUAUUCUUUUCUAUUUGUGUCACAUGUUGACAGUAGGCUGAGCCCUGUUUGCACUUUCUAAUGAGAGGUGUGGAAAAGCACUUCAAUAUCCAAGUGUGCACUGGAUGUCAGACUGUGUUGACUUGAAACUGCCCCCCCUCCCCCUCGCACACUUACACGCACAAUGAUUCUACACAACUGCCACCUUGUCUAAAUACACACCACAGUUUAGGAUCAACCUUUUUUUUUUUUUUACUCUGUAGGCAAUACAUGGUUUUCCUUGCAGUGUAAAUCCUGUCAUGUCACACGAUGUAUUAAGUUAUGCCUUGUCUUCUCUCACAUGUCUUUUCUUCACUGAAUAAAAAAUAAAUAAAUUGUU